GCCGACUUCCCGAGCUCCGCCAGUCAUGCGCUGGGUGCAUCUGCUCUGUGCGGUGACUUGCUCUGUCGACAAGUAAAGUACACGGGUUUCAUUACCUUGAUACAUUGGAAAAUCUCACGUUCACCCAUAUUUGUGUGGCUUCUUCUUCCUUAUUCACAAAUCGUCGGUUCGUGGCGUCAGCGCUGUGCAAUAGUGUCGUUUUGGAGGUAUGACUACUUGUCUUGCCUGAUCAGAUUUCCAGGCGUUUCCUACAAACUGCCAGUUUUGUAUUCCACCGCUUCGUCGGAAAAUAAAUGCGCCCCCUGCAUUCAUUGUUAAUUGCUGGUCGUCAAUGCUUUAAAUACUGUGUGCCCGUGUUUUUGGACAUCCACAAGAGAAACCAUGGGCGCUGCACAAUGCCUCCCAUUCCACAAAAUACCGAGAAAUGGUUACAAAAAACCAUCGACUCCGCAGCUAUCAUCCUGUUUAGCAAAUCCAGAUGCCCGUAUUGUCAUCGGGUAAUCAGAUCAAUUUCGCCAUAACUGUAUUCUCAAGGUGAAAGAAUUGUUGAAGGAGAACAAAAUCAAGCACGCUACAAUAGAACUGGACCAACGAGCUGAUGGGUCUACCAUUCAAAAGGCAUUAAGUGAAAAGAGUGGAAUUCAUACUGUCCCUCAACUAUUUGUCCGGGGAGUGUGUAUUGGUGAUUCUUCCAAAGUUGGCAAACUUCAUGAAGAUAACAAGUUGUUAGAGACUGUUCAAUUGAACAAAUAUGACUACGAUCUCGUGGUGAUCGGUGGAGGUUCUGGGGGUCUAGCUGCGUCAAAGGAAGCCGCCAAAUUUGGUGCAAAGACUGCCGUUCUAGAUUUUGUGAAACCAACGCCAAAGAAUACUGUUUGGGGCCUUGGAGGAACAUGUGUCAAUGUAGGCUGUAUUCCGAAAAAACUGAUGCAUCAGGCUGCACUACUCGGUUACAGUCUGGACGAUUCUGAAAAGUUCGGCUGGGACGUUAAGAAGGAUGAAGUCAAGCACGACUGGGGGAAAAUGGUUGAGGCCAUCCAGAAUCACAUCCACUCUUUGAAUUGGGGCUAUCGAGUUGUUCUUCGUGAGAAUGCAGUAGAUUACCUGAACGCUUAUGGGGAAAUAAUCGAUGCCCACACAAUAAAGAUCACGAAAAAGAGCGGGGAAACGUCCACAAUCACAACCAACAAGAUGAUUCUGGCAAUGGGUGAAAGACCACGAUAUCCUGACAUACCUGGAGACAAGGAAUAUGGCAUUACCAGUGACGACUUGUUUUCUCUACCUUACAACCCGGGAAAGACAUUAGUCGUUGGCGCCAGUUAUGUGGCCCUGGAAUGUGCCGGAUUUCUGACCAGUUUUGGCUAUGACACGACGGUGAUGGUGCGCUCCAUUUUACUUCGAGGAUUUGACCAACAAAUGGCCGAGAUGAUCGGUGAAUAUAUGCAGAAACACGGCACCAAAUUCAUUCGUCCCUGUGUACCUACUUCGAUCAGCCAAGUAGAGCCAGCGGACUUGGAGAAAGGCAAGACCGGUCGUUACCGAGUGACUGCGAAGUAUAGUGACGGUAAACCGUUCUCAGAGGAGUACAAUACGAUAAUUUUUGCAAUCGGCCGAGAUCCUUGCGUUGACGCAGAAACCAUGAAACGGCUUGGAAUCAAGUUAGAUAAGGCGAAUCGUGUAAUUUGCGAAGACGAUGAGCAGACUAGUGUGGACAAUAUUUACGCCAUUGGUGAUAUCAAUGCUGGCAAACCUCAACUCACACCCGUAGCUAUCCAGGCGGGCCGCUAUCUUGCCCGCCGAUUGUUCGCUGGUUCCACGGAAUUGACUGACUAUGUGAAUGUGGCCACGACGGUUUUCACCCCAAUCGAGUAUGGCGCCAUUGGCUUGAGUGAAGAGGAUGCAAUUGCCAAAUACGGUAAAGAGAAUAUUACGGUCUAUCAUUCACACUUCAAUCCUUUGGAGUGGGCAUUACCUCAUCGUGAUGACAAUGUAUGCUACGCAAAACUCGUCUGUAACAAGGCAGCGAAUGAACAAGUCCUCGGUUUCCACGUUCUCGGUCCAAAUGCCGGAGAAAUAACCCAGGGCUAUGCUGUUGCGAUGAAAAUCGGUGUGACCAAGGCGGACUUCGACGCGACUAUUGGUAUUCAUCCUACGUGCUCCGAGACUUUCACCACUCUGUACGUUACGAAGGAUUCCGGGGUCACGCCAAAAGUUACUGGUUGCUGAGGUUAAUUCCCUACCGGAACGCACACUUGGUGUUUUCGGCUGAGCGUGGGACCGUGCUUCGUCUUUUCGCGUCUGUCGAAUUCACUAAGUGGCUCCGGUAGGGCGUAGUAAUGUUCUGUACGGUCGUUUACCGUUCAUUCCCCACUUCCUUGCUGUGACCCUAACCUUGGUAAAGUUUUCUUCUCACGAAGAGCCAGGUUUUAGGCGAUGUCGGAUGUAUGGGAAUCGAACAUUCGGCGGAGAACCGCCACCGUGCCAGUGUUUUCACAACAUAACUUGGCGACCGUACCCACUUUGCUUCGGUUUGUAACGUCUUUUUCGUAGACAGAUCUUUAUUACUUUUUGUCAGUGAUCUAUCGAGUACAGAAUAUUCACUAUUCCCCCCUGAGACAAUCUUUCACUGAAAUUUGUCAUAGUUUCUACGCUUAUCCAAAAAUGUUGUGUACGCUGUCUCUGCACACAAGUAAAAAAUCAAAUCGCGGUGUUUGCUCGACUCUAAAGGUUACUGGAAACCCUUCAACAAUAUGCUACCGGUUCCACUCUUCUUGAGG